CUGGCUCUGAGUUGACUGGAGGGAACAUGUGGGUCUGCCGGGCGCUCUGCAGGGCUCGAGCCCCGGCCCAGCUGGGGCAGAGGCUGCUUCCAGAGUCCAGCCGGCGGCGGCUUGCCGCCGCCUCCUUCUCUGCCUCUGCCGAGCCUUCCCGGGUCCGGGCGCUGGUCUAUGGGCACCACGGGGACCCAGCCAAAGUCCUCGAACUGAAGAACCUGGAGCUGGCUGCUGUGGGCGGAUCAGACGUCCAUGUGAAGAUGCUGGCGGCCCCUAUCAAUCCAUCUGACAUAAAUAUGAUCCAAGGAAACUACGGCCUCCUUCCCCAGCUGCCUGCUGUUGGAGGGAACGAAGGUGUUGGACAGGUCAUAGCCGUGGGCAGCAGUGUGACCGGGGUGAAGCCAGGAGACUGGGUGAUCCCAGCGAAUCCUGGCUUGGGAACCUGGCGGACUGAGGCUGUGUUCGGCGAGGAAGAGCUCAUCACAGUCCCAAGUGACAUUCCUCUUCAGAGCGCCGCCACCCUGGGCGUCAACCCCUGCACGGCCUACCGGAUGCUGAUGGACUUUGAGCGGCUGCGGCCAGGGGAUUCUGUCAUCCAGAAUGCAUCCAACAGUGGAGUGGGGCAAGCGGUCAUCCAGAUCGCGGCCGCCCUGGGCCUGAGGACCAUCAACGUGCUCCGGGACAGACCUGACCUCCAGAAGCUGACCGACAGACUGAAGAAUCUGGGUGCUGACCAUGUUGUCACAGAAGAGGAGCUAAGAAAGCCUGAGAUGAGAAGCUUCUUUAAGGACGUGCCCCAGCCGCGGCUUGCUCUCAACUGUGUGGGCGGGAAGAGCGCCACGGAGCUGCUGCGGCAUUUGGCGCCUGGAGGAACCAUGGUGACCUAUGGGGGAAUGGCCAAGCAGCCUGUCAUCGCCUCUGUGAGCCAGCUUAUUUUUAAGGAUCUCAAACUUCGGGGCUUUUGGUUAUCCCAGUGGAAGAAGGACCACAGUCCAGACCAGUUCAAGGAGCUGAUCCUCACACUCUGCGAUCUCAUCCGCCGAGGCCAACUCACGGCCCCCGCCUGCUCCGAGGUCCCGCUGCAGGACUACCUGUGUGCCCUAGAAGCGUCCACGCAGCCCUUCGUGUCUUCAAAGCAGAUUCUCACCAUGUGACGUGAUAACCCCAGAGCCAAGCGGGAGGGGGGAUGGAGCAGCAGGACUGGUUCGGGCCCUCCCCCACCCCCCAGUGGGGCCUCCACCGGCCACAGGCUGCACCUCUCCUCACUGUCCCUUCUGACCCAGAGAACUGGGGGGCCAGCCUCAGGGUAUUGAAUAAAGUCUGAACUUCAUA